AUGUCUCGCUACGGCUCCAGGAGUGAAGUCGAUUUCGACGAUCGUCGUAGCUAUGCUGGUGGCCGUGCCCGCCACGAUGAUAGGUACGCCGAGGCUGAUGUAACCUUCAGGACCGGUACUGGCGCCGUCCCGAGACGAGAGCGCGAAGCUGUCUUACUCAAGGAACGGGAUGAUUAUGAUCGUCGUGGUUCCCUCCCUGCUUUUCUGAGAGACGAUUACGGUCAGACGAACGCGAGCGCCAUGGUGCUGAGAGCUAGAGAUAAAGAAGAUGUCACUUAUGCUGUUCCACGAAGGAGACGUUCCCCAUCUCCAGAAAAGCAGGAACGCGACGAGAUUAUUAUUCGACGAGAGGAGAGGUCAGAGUCACGACCUCCUGCGCCUCGUCCGCGACGUCGAGAAGGAUCGAGGGAAAGAGAAGAGAUAAUCAUUCGAAGGGACGAACGUACUGAAUCUCUACCACCGGCACCGCGUCCACGACCUCGACCACGAGAAGAGGAAAGAGAACGAGAAGAAAUCAUCAUUCGAAGAGACGAGAGAUCCGAGGCACCUCCAGCCCCACGAUAUCGAGAACGAGGACGAGACUCGUCACGGGAAAGGGAAGAAAUUAUCAUUCGUAGGGAGGAAAGAUCGCAGUCUCGUCCAGCUGCUCCAAGAUACAGAGAGCGCGACACUUCAAGGGAAAGAGAGGAGAUCAUCAUACGCAGAGAAGAAAGAGAUGACCACUAUGCUCCUCCUCCACGUUCUAGAACAGCUCCGAUAAGAGAAACGGAACGAGAAGAGAUCAUCAUUCGCCGUGACGAACGAGAUGAUGACAAUUACUCGAGACGAAGCUAUAGACCACCUCCACCACCAGUCAAGGAUGAACUUGAACGGCAGGAGAUCAUCAUUCGAAGGGACAAGGUCGACUCAAACGAUCGUGCACGAGUCCCUGCUCGUAGAUACGAGGAUGACCUAGCUCUUACCCGUCCCAUUUCUCACGAGCGUUCGAGGGGUCGAUCGCAUAGCAGUGCUUCUGAAGACGAGAUCAUAAUACGUCGAGAUGAGCGUGAAGGACGUCGUGGUGAGCGCUCAAGGCAGGAGAUCAUCAUUCGACAUCAAUCUCGAUCCAGGUCACCAUCUCCAACUGCUUCAGUAAGCACAAGAGCUCCAGCUCCAGCUCCUCCACCUCCAGCGCCAGAACCUCAAGUCAUAUAUGCUCCUCAAAUUCAUCAGGAAGUCAUUACGCACCACCGACACGUCGAUCACGGCUACGAGGUCAGAAUUCCACCCAGGCCAGCACCUGUCUAUUCUCGACCACCAUCGCCUCCAAGUCCACCUCCUGCUCCUCCACCAGCACCUGCAUCGAUCAGAAGUCUAUCAGAGGAAAGGAUCGAAAUCAGAAGAUCUGAGAUGAGGAACGGCGAAAGAGAAACACAAGAUAUCGUCAUUAGCCGAAAUGAACGCUCUAGAAGCCGCGGACCUCCGCCUGUUAGAUUCCGCGAGGAUGACUACAGAGAAGAAGUCGACAGGACUGAAAUUGACAUCCGGCGAGAAAGGGACUAUCACAAUGAUCGAGCUCUAAUUCGACCAGAACCUGAACCAGAACCACCAACGAUUGGACCUAGAUACGGUGCUCGACGUGACCCACGAGAUGGACUCUGGACUGAAAUCACCAAAGACUUGGUCGUAAAAGAAGCCAUACGUGAGAUGGGAUAUGAAUUUGAAGAAACUGAUGACCACUAUUACAUCUUCAAGUACAUGACAUAUCCCGAUGUCGCACGCUUAGUCGGUCUAUCAGAAGAUAUUCGUCGCGACCGCGCCAAACGCAUCAACGAGAUUCGAUGGGAAAAUGCUGCUUCACCACGUCCUGUCGUCGAACCAACGAGUCCAAGAGCACCACUGGCUAUCGAAGGUCCGCCGUCUCGAGGGUUUAGAGACGACAGAGGCUGGAACCGAGAAGACGAGCGAUACGUGGAGCGCGAGGUUGUGUAUCGUGGUGGAAGACCUCCACCACCUGUUGGAUGGAGGAGGUGA